CCGCUGGCUAGCUAGCAGCAGCGCCCCCAUUGGGAUGUUUCUCCAGUUUCGAUCGGGACGUCGAGUGACUCGGACUCGGCUGCUAGAAUACGGAGAACAGACGAAUUGCCGUUGACGCGCGUCGCGUGUUUCGUGUGUGGACUUUCGCGUGGAUUAUAUUCUUGCCGCAUUGUCAAACGGAGAGCUCGGCUCCUCCUCCUGCUGCUGCUCUGCUAUUGUGCACUGCAAACCAUAAAUCAUAAACAAUAGCGCGUGGAAUGCGUGAUUGAAACGGUAGAGGACGAAGACGACGUCUUGCUCGGCGCGUUUUUAUGCCUACAUUUAGGAAGGCCUAGUUUUUGUGUUUUCUUAUUCUGUAGUGAAUUUGGCCUGAAGGAAUAAGGUUUUCAGCAUCGUGUCUCGUUGCGCUGAUGUUGAAUGUUACCUUAAUACGUGUACGAGCACAAGCACAGUCAGUGAGAAGAAGAACGAGUGAAGGUUUCAUGGUGGGGCUGGCCAGCUUUGUGUUGGUGUAAAAGGUUUGGAAGGUGGAAGAAAACAGCAAAGCAGAGGUUUUUGUGCAAUUUAGCGCGAGUAAUCAAACAACUUCGGUAUUCAUACAGCCUAUGGUAAUCAGUGGAUAUUCUUAGUGCGGAAAGAACCGGCUUCAGUGCUUUCGUUCGUCUACCCAAAUUCAGUGCUCUCUAUGGUUGCUGAAUCAGUGCGACUGAUCUGAGUUGCUGGUCACCUACACAAAAUCCACUUCGAAUCGAACCCAUACAUCGUACAGUGCUCGGAAACUGGAGUCGCGAGACCGGUUUCUCGAUUGAAAAAAGUGCUACACAUCGACAGAGAACGCGAAGAAACGGUAAACAAAAACACGGUAAACGUGAAGAAACGACAUAAAAGCCGAUAACCAUUGACGUGUGUUUGUGCGCGGAGCUCUGCUAGCGUUUCACGUGUUGUCAAUAAGCCUCUCCAGGGUCCCACAGAGUUAACCCAAAGAAAGGCUUGCCCUGGAUGCAGUAUAGAAUAGUGUAUGGACCGGGCCAAUGAAGGCGCAUUACAUAAAGGAAAAGUUUACACGCUUGGCUUAGCCUCGAUAUCCAAGCAAAUCCCCGUAGAGAAACCUUCGUAACGUGUAGGUUACAAGGUAGUGCAGUGGCAUUUGAAGGUAUUCUUGGCCUCGGUGAAGAGUUGAGUCAUGCGGCGACAUCAAUAAUAGCAACUACUACUAGCAUAGAGGCGGUGUUAGUCAUUGAAGCGUAGAAUUAUUACGAAAUUGGCAAGGCAGGGCACGCACGAGCAAAAAGCCGAGGCGCCUCCCUAUGGUCCAAGAAGCCUAUGCUGAAGUGAGUCGAGGCGCAAGCGAGUGAACCGUGCCGAUAUUGUGCAUUCAAGUGGAAAUAUUGUUCAAUUCGCGACGAGUGUGCAGAAAAAUAAGCCCGAAAAGGAAUGGAAAAGAGUGCCGGCACGGCCUAAUCGAAUAAUAGCCGUUUUCUCGAAGAAGGUUUGUAAAUAAAGCAAAGUGAAUGGUUUGUUGUUCUUAUUGGAGCGAAGCUGGUGGAAAACCGAGAGCUAAACGUGGGAUUAACGCCCGCUAGUGAGUGUUAGAAAAGGAGUGUCUAGGAAGAAGAAGUCUAUUCAGUGUCAAUUAAGAAAAGUGUGUUCGGGAAGCUGAACCGAAUAGCUCCCAAUACUGCCCGCCGCAAAGUUGAGAAGAAACAGUACAUCUCUACAGCGAAUGCAGAACUGCAGUUCCACAACGACAGCCGGAGAUCAUUGACUGUUCGCAGCGGAGUCUGAGCGCGUGAAGAUCAGCAGAGUUCAAUAGGAUUUUCCAGAAUCGAGCAACACGAACCGUGACCGAGAAAAGCUUUUUUUCCUGGCAGCCCAAAGAUGUCUGUGUGUGUGUGUGAAACUAAAUGAACGUGUGAAAGUGAUUGUGUGAAACGGAAAGUGGGUGAAGAAUACGAAUCGAAGAAAGCUCACGUGGAUGAUGUGAUAGCAUGGAGCAUUCCUUCUAGGACAACGUUGUCCAAAUGAGCGAGACUGCUUGAAUUUCAAUGAGAACCACGACGGAGUACAGAAUUUUCCUGUGCUAUCAGAUUUCCAUUAGUAGUGUUGUUCAACCGGUCAAUUAGCUAGAAUAGGAGGCAGCUGAAUCAAUCCUUGAUAUUGAAACGAGCAAGCAUCAAUUGGUUAAGCUUUCGGCCUAUCAUGACUGUUUCUUCCAAGCCGGCCAUUCAACGAACGACGCUCUAAGAGAUAACACACCCUUUGCAAUCGGAUAGUGAACAACAAAUCAGUCGCUCCAUGCAGAAUUCCCGCCCAGGCAAGAGCUAACAUCUGCCCGGAAGAACGCACCGGAAUUCAUCCUGGAUCGCCAACGGUGUCCACUAGCAGUAGGACCACCCCAUCAUCCAUCCCGGCAAGACAACGUGAAUCAACGAGGGAAAAGAUGGAUCAUCGCCAGAAGGAAAAGAAGCGCCGAGGGCUACAUCCCUUGUGGACACUUAUAGUGGCAGCGUUGCUACUGCUGAUCGGAUCGGCCGACGGGAACACCGAAAAAGAUUUCACACAGCAGUGCAACAAUUGUCGCUGCAGUUGGAAGAGUGGCAAACGAAAUGCGGACUGCACCAACCAGGGACUGGCACUGAUACCGGGCGAUCUGAGCUCGGAACUUCAGGUUCUAGAUUUGUCCAACAAUCGGAUAGGGGAGAUUCGCGGGUACGAGCUGAUGCGUGCCCAUCAGCAAAAUUUGCACAAAUUGUACAUCAAGAACAGCACGAUCGAAAGCAUACACAAGGAUUCGUUUCGAAACUUAACGAUCCUGAUCGAGCUGGAUCUAUCGAACAACAAACUGAAGCGCCUAGAUCCGGGCAUGUUCGAUGAUUUGAAAAAGCUACGGGUCAUCAUGCUGAAUCACAACCAGAUCGAACGGAUAGAGAACAAUCUGUUCAAAGAUUUAAAAUUUCUGACCAAGAUCGACCUGCAAGACAAUCUCAUCUAUAGGGUAGCGUUGCAUAGUUUUAUAGACGUUCCGGCACUGUCGCAGAUCGAGUUGGACUACAACCGGCUGCAGAUCCUCCGCAAGGAGACUUUUGUCAACCUGGAGAAACUGACCAGCCUGUCGCUGACGAACAAUCCGUGGAAUUGCAGCUGUGCCCUGCGGAAUUUCAGCGAAUUCAUCAAGAGUAAUAAUCUGUAUCGAUCUCCUACGACUUGCGAGCAGCCACCGAUGCUCAAAGGAAAGGAGUGGAACGAGAUUGACGUGGACGACUUUGCCUGUCGUCCCCAAAUCAUAGAUAACAAACUGAUCUUCCCCAGCGAUGGGCAAAAUGCUACCUUCACGUGCAAGGUAACGGGACUGCCACUCCCGAAAGUCGAUUGGUUGUUCCACAAACGACCCGUCUCCAAAAACGACAAACGAUGGAGUGUGACCUACGCCGUCAGGACCAAUGGCAAGGACACAAACGAGGUCCUGGUUUCAGAACUAACCAUCGUGGGAGUAAAACCAUCGGAUCGGGGCUCCUACGUGUGCAAGGCGACCAACCCGGGCGGAACUGACGAGAGUGAACAGUUUUUCGACCUGACCAGCCCCAUUCCCGAAGUGCGUCCGAAUCGAACGAACGACAUCCUGUGGAUUGUGCUGUUCGUGGUGCUAGCGAUUCUGGUGGUGCUGAUACUGGUGAUAAUGGUGCUGUGCUGCGUGUGUCGCAAAACGCGCCGAUUCAAGAAGAACUCAUCGAUUAGCGAAAACGGACUGAUGAACUCCAAGAUGGACAAAUCGGCCGACGGGUCGGUGCUGGACGGGGGAUCGGUGAUAAUGGAGAUGCAGAAGAGCCUGCUGACGGAGGUGAACCCGGUGGAGAAGCCUCCGCGACGGUCGGACAUUGAGGCGACUGACAAGAACGACUACGACGAGGGGCACGAGGUCAAGAAGACGCUGCUCGAGGAAACGGGAUUCGCCGCUCAAGAUGAAGAAACGGCCUCGGUUGCCCUGUCGGACACUGCCCCGCGAACCCGUGCGACCUAUGUCGAUGAAGGCGGCUAUGGCACCACAAAUCUUCCACCGGAUCUGCUUGCCUUCCCGAACACACGGUUUCCCCAGUCACCCUCGAUCCAGAGUUCGAUGUCCAACAUCCACGAUGGACGCAUCUACGCCACCAAGUCGCCCCUAUCGAGUCCCAUCUAUCAGCACAGUCCCAGCAUAUUAGGUGCCAGCGCAAGUGGCCAAGUACCGGCCGGCUUCCGAACGUUGCAACAUCCGAAAACGGGUCGAACGAUAGCAAUCGCAACGCAGCGAUCCAAUUCCCCGUUCACGCCAGCACCGCUCAUCUAUCCGCAGGUGGUCAUGAAGCAAGGCUACGUCACAAUUCCGCGCAAGCCACGCACCCCCAGUUGGACCCCAUCGGUCAAUUCGACUGCGACGACGGCUGAACUGUUGCCCCCUACAAGCCCAACGUCCACCGGAGAACUGCCGGCCGCGACGGAACCGGUAUACGACAAUCUCGGCCUCCGAACGACAGCGUCCGGCAACUCGACGCUCAAGCUGAACAAAUCGGCCAACAAAGCGGGCCCCAGCAGUACGUACAGUAUGAAGAAUCGACCACUUCCAGCAACCCCCGGGGGACAAACGGCCAUGCCGGCAACGCACAACAGUUCCACCGGCAGCAACUACGAAUCGAUUCCCGAAGUGGGAGGACAAUCAGCGACGACGUUAGCCGGCCUUGAAUCGAUCUACGGAAGGACCACGGGGAGCAGCGGAAGCAGUAGUAGGAGCAAAGUACCACCACGACCACCACCGAAGCCUAAGAAGAAGCCCAGCCUAGCGGGGGUGAACAUGGUGACGACAACACCCGGCUCGAGCGGGUUGGCCAGUACCAGCAGCACCAGUCCGCUGUUUGCCGACGAGGGCGAAGACGGAACGGAGGUUUAGCUGGCGCUUUGGCCCUUGGGCGAUCGCAACGGUGGAUGCGCAAUAAACGACGACGAAAUUACCGAUUUUCCUUAUAGGGAGCCAACGAUCGGUAGUGUGAGUAGCUUUUAAAGAUUCUUAUAUAUAUUCAAAGUAUAGUAUAUUCGGUGAAAUAUAGUUAAUAGUUAUUUUUUCUACUCUAUUUGAACGUACAUUUGAGGAGGCGUAUGAGCGAGUAAAACAAUUAAAAUUGUGACAGUAAGAGAGAGAGGAGUAAAAUGAAUGAACUUUAGUGUAAUGUAUUGAUUGAUGAAACGAUUACGAUGAAUCUUUAUGAAAUAGCAUUAAAGUGUACUAUUAUGUUUUUAUAAGAAAAGUGACCGAAAGCAGCGGAUAAAAAAGUGGAGAUCAAAAAUUUUGAACUAUAUAGGCUAAUGUUGCUAGUUUGUAAGUUAGCUAAUAAAACGAAAUGGAACGAAAGCGUUGAAGUAAUCGAA